AUGGAGGGAAGCGAUAUAUACAAAGUGAGUAACAGUAUGCGAGCGAGAAGUUCAACGGUUUGGAGGAACAGCAGCGUGGAGGUAUUCUCAAGGUCUUCUCGUGAAGAGGAUGACGAAGAAGCUCUCAAAUGGGCUGCUCUUGAGAAGCUCCCCACCUACAACCGUCUCAGGAAAGGCUUGUUGACAGCAUCCCAUGGAGUUGCCAACGAAAUCGAUGUUGCUGAUAUUGGCUCCCAAGAGAGACAGAAACUUCUCGAGAGGUUGGUCAAAGUGGCUGAAGAGGACAACGAGAGGUUCUUGUUGAAGCUCAAGGAACGUAUUGACAGAGUUGGACUCGAUAUUCCAACUAUUGAAGUUCGAUAUGAGCACCUCAAGAUUGAGGCAGAGGCUUUUGUGGGAAGCAGAGCUUUGCCCUCUUUCAUCAACUCUGCUACUAACGUCAUAGAGGGAUUUUUCAAUAUGCUCCAUAUUAUCCCAAGCAGAAAGAAACACGUGACUAUUCUCAAAGAUGUCAGCGGGAUUAUUAAACCUCGCAGGAUGACACUACUUUUGGGUCCCCCAAGUUCAGGAAAGACCACACUCCUCUUGGCCUUGUCAGGAAAGCUUGAUAAAAGUCUUCAGGUGUCUGGAAAAGUGACUUACAAUGGGCAUGAAUUGAACGAGUUUGUACCCCAGAGAACUGCUGCUUACAUCAGCCAGCAUGAUGUUCAUAUUGGAGAAAUGACCGUGAGGGAAACCUUGGCUUUCUCUGCAAGGUGCCAAGGAGUUGGAUCACGUUAUGAAAUGCUAUCUGAGUUGUCUAGAAGAGAGAAAGCAGCAAAUAUCAAGCCUGACCCAGAUCUUGAUGUCUACAUGAAGGCAACCGCAACUGCAGGCCAGGAGUCAAGCAUAGUGACAGAUUAUACAAUGAAGAUUCUGGGGUUGGAUAUUUGUGCUGACACUAUGGUGGGGGAUGAAAUGUUGCGUGGGAUCUCUGGAGGACAAAGGAAGCGUGUUACUACAGGAGAGAUGUUGGUUGGACCAGCAAAUGCUUUAUUCAUGGAUGAAAUCUCCACAGGGUUGGACAGUUCCACAACAUUUCAGAUUGUCAGCUCUCUCAGGCAAUAUGUCCACAUUCUGAAUGGAACAGCUGUCAUAUCUUUGCUCCAGCCAGCACCCGAGACUUACGACCUUUUCGACGACAUUAUCUUAAUCUCUGAUGGCCAAGUUGUUUACCAUGGCCCUCGUGAAUAUGUUCUGGACUUCUUUGAAUCCAUGGGUUUCAGAUGUCCUGAGAGGAAAGGUGUCGCAGACUUCCUUCAAGAAGUGACAUCCAAAAAAGAUCAAGCACAGUACUGGGUGCGCAGAGAUCAACCAUACAGAUUUGUGACAGUUACUCAAUUUGCCGAGGCAUUUCAAUCAUUCCAUAUUGGUAGGAAACUUGGAGAGGAGCUUGCAGUUCCCUUUGACAGGACUAAGAGCCACCCUGCUGCAUUAACCACCAAACAGUAUGGCAUCAACAAGAAGGAGCUGUUAAAGGCUAACUUCUCAAGGGAGUAUUUGCUUAUGAAAAGGAAUUCAUUUGUUUACAUCUUCAAGCUAUGUCAGGUUGGUGCUAGACUUCUACCUUUUUUUCUUUUCAUCAUGGCGUUAAUUGCAUUGACACUGUUUUUCCGAACGGAGAUGCACCGUGAUAGUCUAGAUGAUGCGGGUGUUUAUGCUGGUGCUAUAUUUUUUACAAUAGUAACGGUUAUGUUCAAUGGAAUGGCCGAGAUUUCCAUGACCAUUGCUAAGCUUCCUGUUUUCUACAAGCAACGGGAUCUUCUAUUUUUUCCCUCAUGGGCAUAUGCUAUUCCUUCGUGGAUUCUCAAGAUUCCAAUUACAAUAGCCGAAGUUGCUCUUUGGGUAUUCCUCACCUACUAUGUUAUUGGAUUUGAUCCAAAUGUUGGGAGGCUCUUCAAGCAGUACCUCAUCCUAUUAUUUAUUAGUCAGAUGGCUUCUGGAUUAUUCCGAGCCAUUGCAGCACUGGGUAGAAACAUGAUUGUCGCCAACACUUUUGGAUCCUUUGCUGUCGUCACGCUUCUUACAUUGGGUGGAUUCGUUUUGUCGAAAAGGGAUAUCAAAAAGUGGUGGAUUUGGGGUUUCUGGAUUUCACCUCUGAUGUAUGGGCAGAAUGCUUUGAUGGGCAAUGAAUAUCUUGGGAACAGUUGGCACAACGCUACCCACAAUUUAGGAGUUGAAUAUCUGGACUCUCGCGCGUUCUUCAAAGAUUCAUAUUGGUAUUGGCUAGGCUUUGGGGCACUGGUUGGAUUUGUGUUUCUUUUCAACAUAGUUUUUGGUUUUGCUCUUGAAUACCUUGGCCCAUUUGAUAAGCCACAAGCAGUAAUAGCCGAAGAACCGGCUGAUGAUGGAACAGCAGCAGAAGUUGAAUUACCACGCAUAGAAAGUUCAGGAAGAGGUGGUUCUGUUGUAGAUUCCAGCCAUGGAAAGAAAAAAGGAAUGGUUCUUCCUUUUGAACCACAUUCUAUCACCUUUGAUGAAAUCGUAUACUCUGUUGACAUGCCACAGGAAAUGAAGGAACAAGGUGUACAAGAGGACAAACUGGUGCUUUUGAAGGGUGUUAGUGGUGCAUUUAGGCCUGGUGUUCUCACUGCUUUGAUGGGUGUAAGUGGUGCUGGUAAAACUACUUUGAUGGAUGUUUUGGCUGGUAGGAAAACCGGUGGAUACAUUGAAGGAAGCAUCAAAAUUUCUGGGUACCCUAAGAAGCAAGAGACAUUUGCUCGUAUCUCUGGAUACUGUGAGCAAAAUGAUAUCCACUCACCUCAUGUUACAGUUUACGAAUCACUCCUCUACUCAGCAUGGCUUCGUUUACCUUCAAGUGUUGAUUCCAAAACCAGAGAGAUGUUCAUUGAGGAAGUCAUGGAACUGGUGGAACUGAACCCAUUAAGGAACUCGCUGGUUGGACUGCCUGGUGUGAGUGGUCUCUCUACUGAACAGAGAAAGAGGCUGACUAUUGCGGUUGAAUUGGUGGCUAACCCGUCCAUAAUUUUCAUGGAUGAGCCUACUUCUGGGUUGGAUGCAAGAGCUGCUGCUAUUGUCAUGAGAACAGUCAGGAACACUGUCGACACUGGAAGAACUGUUGUGUGCACCAUCCAUCAGCCCAGCAUUGACAUAUUUGAAGCAUUUGAUGAGGUGAGUGAUGGCAAUGAUAAAUGA